CUGAGGGUGACGAAGCAGUACCUGCCCCACGUGGCCCGCCUAUGCCUGAUCAGCACCUUCCUGGAGGAUGGCAUCCGCAUGUGGUUCCAGUGGAGCGAACAGAGGGAUUACAUUGAUGGCACAUGGAACUGUGGCUAUUUCCUGGCCUCCAUCUUUGUGUUCGUAAAUCUCUUUGGACAGCUAAGCGGCUGCAUCCUGGUGCUGAGUAGGAACUUUGUGCAAUAUGCCUGCUUUGGACUGUUUGGAAUUAUAGCAUUACAGACUAUUGCAUACAGCAUUCUAUGGGACCUGAAGUUCUUGAUGAGGAACCUGGCCCUUGGGGGAGGUUUGCUGCUGCUUUUGGCCGAGUCACGUUCAGAGGGGAAAAGCAUGUUUGCUGGUGUCCCCACCAUGCGGGAAAGCUCCCCAAAGCAGUACAUGCAGCUGGGGGGCCGUGUGCUGCUGGUCCUCAUGUUCAUGACACUGCUACAUUUUGAUAUGAACUUCUUUUCUAUUCUGCAGAACAUUGUGGGUACAGCCCUGAUUAUCUUGGUGGCAAUUGGCUUCAAGACUAAGCUGGCUGCCUUGACUCUAGUCAUCUGGCUGUUUGGCAUCAAUAUCUACUUCAAUGCCUUCUGGACCGUCCCAGCCUACAAGCCCAUGCACGACUUCCUCAAAUACGAUUUCUUCCAGACUAUGUCUGUAAUUGGAGGGCUCCUCCUUGUGGUUGCACUGGGUCCUGGCGGAGUCUCCAUGGAUGAGAAGAAAAAAGAGUGGUAACAGGAAUAGCAACACUUCUUGGGACAUAACGUAUUAAGUCCAGAACUGAUUCUUUAUGGAUUCAACAAAAACUGCCAGCAUUUUACACGUACAUGCCCCCUUCCUAUUAAAGGCACAGAUGUUCUGAAUUUGAUUUACAGUGGCACCAGUAAUGUAAUAGACAAAAUCCUAUUUCUUGAAGAAAAGUUGCCUAGGCUUAUUCUAACUUCCUAGAUUUGGAACUAACCCAAGGAACCUGCAUUUUGCUGAUGCUUCAGUGAGUUGCAGUAGAACAGUAGUUGCUGUCUUUAAUGUCAGCAAUGUUUUGAAAUUUGAAGUACUGUGAGCAGAUACAGCUGUAUCAGUGUGUGCUGUUGGGUUCUAGCUAUAACUAAAAAAGUGGCUCCUGUUUCUCACCCUCAUUAAAACUGUCUUGUGCACGAGGAGUUCCCUUGCUGAUCAUAGCAUUUCUUACAAACAUGGAAAGCAGCAUCAAGAAAAGUCACUGUUUAUUCUGCUGCUCAGAGGCCUGUAAUUCUAUUUUGUUUAACAGGGGAGGUAUUUCCUACCCCCAAAUAGAACGUAAAAAGAAAACCCUGAAAGUAGUUGUACCCCCUCUAGGUAAGAAAAGGGAGGGGGUCUUCUAACAUGUCCCAGUUCCCCUCUCGAGUGGAACAAGGGAUAAUCUUUUAUUGCUAAUCAGGAGUCCUGUUUUGCUAAUCACAUUUCAAGAAGCAGGGGGGGAAAUAUUCCUGAAGAGACAGAAU